GAUGUGUUCAAUCAUGGCGUGUGGCAGUGCCUUGACGAGUUGAGUGACCCGUCGCUGAGAAAUCUUGCGUCUAGACUGGAGUCCACUGUCAUUGCAUCAAGAGCACCAGGUACCACCGACGCCUAUAGGAGAGCUUUUCUGAGGUGGAAAGUGUUCGCCAGUUCCAAGAGGGACAUUUGUGCUUUUCCUGCAAAGUCAGAGCAUGUGGCGUUAUACUCACAGCAUUUACUGGAUACUACCCAUUCCCACUCAGUGGUCGACUCUGCCAUAUUUGGAAUACAAUGGGCACACCAUUUGGCGGGUUUACCUUCCCCUAUAGACAGCCCUAUCAUCCACGCAGUUAGCAGAGCCGCUAAAAGAAUAAUGCGAACUCGCGUUUGUAAUAAGAAAGAGCCAGUUUCUCCAGACAUGAUAAGGAAGCUUGUUGAAAAAUUCCAAUCUAGAUAA